CAAAAUCGCUAUUCAAAAUUCCAAACCCGCCAAGUGAGCUUAUUAGAUCUCCUACCCUUUAUGUUAUUAACGGUCUCCUCCUUUUCCCUCUCAACUCUCAAACGUCCAGAUCUCUCUCUCUCUCUCUCUCUCUCUCUCUCGUUCUUUUCUUCCUUUUUUUUCCUCUUCAUCGAAGGACAUAGAUUGCUCUCUCCGGCGCUGGAUCUAAGAUACCAGGAGAUCACAAUUUGACGUUCAUUUUUGUUUGAUCUUUUGUUUAACUCUACCAUUAACGGCCGCAGCAGCGGCGGAAGAAGCAGAGGAACAAGAAAGAGAUCAGGAAAUGUCUUCGUUCGUUGAGUUUCAAGAUCCCGAAACGAGGCCGCAUGCCUAUUGCAGGAAGCAGAAAUCUUUGGGGUUGUUGUGCUCCAACUUUUUGAGCUUGUACAACCGAGAUGAUACUGAGUCGAUUGGAUUGGAUGACGCUGCGAAUCGAUUAGGAGUUGAGCGGAGGCGGAUCUAUGAUAUAGUCAAUGUCUUGGAAAGCAUUGGGGUUCUAGCGAGGAAGGCGAAGAAUCAGUACACAUGGAAAGGAUUUGCAGAAAUUCCACAGGCGUUAGAGGAGCUUAAGGAGGAGGCUUUGAAAGAGAACUUUCCCAACACCUUCGAUGCUAGCAACUCUGCCAAAGUUAUCCUAUCAUCGAAGGUUUCAGACGAUGAAGAAGAUGAAAAAUCUAUUGAUCCAAACAUUCCAAGCAAGGAAGACAAAUCAAGCUCCAGUUCCGUUAUUUCUAAACUUUCUGCAUCCUCUAAACCUGCUGAUAAUAGAAGAGAGAAAUCCUUGGGAAUUCUCACCCAAAGCUUUAUCAAGCUAUUUCUAUGCUCUGAUGCAGACAUGAUCUCCCUUGAUGAAGCCUCUAGGAUAUUACUUCGUGAUGGCAACAAUUCGGCUCAGAUGAGAAGUAAUUCUGCAGCAAAAGUUAGGCGAUUAUAUGAUAUUGCGAAUGUGUUGUCUUCCAUGAGUCUUAUUGAAAAGACCCAUCAUGUUGAGAGCAGGAAGCCUGCAUUUAGGUGGCUGGGAACUAGAGGGCAACUUGGCAAUGGAUCAGGAGGUUCUUUUGAUUUGAAGGACACCAGAAAAAGACAGUUUGGGACUGAGAUUACAAACAAUAAUUUCAAGAGAAACAAAGUGAAUUCCUUGAUGGAUGAGAAGGCUAAGCUGAAGCCAAACCUCCAAAUGCAAUUGAAACAUGAUAAUCUGACAAAUGAUAUGGGCAGAAACCAGAUCGAGCAACAGACAAAGCAAAGCUCCCAGGGUUUUGUGUUUGGCCCAUUCAGUCCUGUUGUUAUGCCCAAAGUAGGUGAAGCCAGCAAGAACAAUGUCAAAAGAGUUCAGAACUGGGAGAGCCUUGCCUCUUCUUAUCGCCCUCAAUAUCACAACCAAGCUCUCCAAUCAAGAUCGCAUAGCUGUGAAAAAGUGUCGACGAUCUUUGGUUUGGAAGGUUCACAAUCAGACAGGAAAAGAGAAAAACAGAAGCUUUGAAUGACCUCUUUGCUCAUUAUCUAGAAGCGUGGAAGUCGUGGUAUGUUGAAAUCGCUGGCCAGCAACCAAUAGAACAGUAUUCUUGAUGCACCUUAAAACUUUUUGACAACAGUGUACACAUGUACAUCAAUGAAAUACCAAUUUCUUUUUGGUACAUCCAUUUUUCAUUUUCUUGGGGUUAAAGAGGGCCUUGCUGGGUGCAUGUUCUCAGUGCUCCAACUGUAAUGGCUAUAAACCAUUUCACCCUCCUCCCCUUUUUUCUAACCUUUGAAUUGGAUAAAAAAUUGUUUCAGGGUUGGUGACCCAUUAUAAAGAUUUGUUUACCUUGCUA